AUAUCGCGGUUCUCUUCCUAAUUCCUUAUGAAUUCUGCUUCUCGUCUUUCCUCGACCUCACGACGUUCUCCAUUGAGGUCAAGGAAAAGUAGUUAGGAAAGGACAUUUUUUUUAAUUAUUUGACCGCAGCCCAGAUUUUAACUGGGUACCUAAUUUGUAGUAACACCACAGAGGCCAUAUCCGGUUUUUCAGCUGAUUAUCAGCUGUACCAUUGAAGUUCGCAGUUGGACCUGCUGUUCCUGCGACAGAAAGUUAAAGCGAAAGAAACACUGACCUUUAACUCUCAGGGACAGCGGUGUAACUUGGGUAGCUUAACCGUCGACUUGAACCAGUGGGAAUUAAAAAUGUUUUCCUUGUCAAUGACGGUCCAGCCACAGGUGACUGUGCCUCUCAGCCACCUCAUCAACGUCCUCCACUCUCUGAAGAGCUCAGUGGGAAGCAGCAGCAGUGCCACCUGCAAAUCAAGACAGCACAAGGAGCAUGCCUCAGACUCAGAGCUACACUGCACAGAGUCCAUGUGGAACCUGCGGGAGCUUGGAUUAUCAGACCUGGGAACACAGCAGCUGGAUGAGCUCGUGAACCGUGUGUUACCACGCUUGAGCACACAGGAGGCAUCGUUUUCACUGGGUGGUCAGGCAGCUUGGAGGACCUCCUAUCUCUCUACACACUCCUUUUUCCACAAUAAGCAUGGAUUCUCAUGUGGUCCCAUCCCCAUGUCAGCCCAGGUUUUCUCCAGGCUGCAGCCUUCACCUCUUCAGUCUGUCUGCACAGAGCUACAGUACUGGCCAGUGCUGGUCCAGAGCAGAGGCUUCAAAACUUUAAGGAGUAAAACCAGACGACUGCAGUCAGGCUUCGACCGCCCCCUGGAGUCUGAGGGGUUCACACCAUCUUUUAUGAAGGGUUUCCUUUCACGUGACAAGGGGAUGGAACUGGAAAGUCUCGACGGCCUGUUGAAGAACAAGAACAUACCUGAUGGACAACAGGACGCUUUCAAGAGGGGCUUUGCCGAGGGUUUCCUGAAAGCUCAAGCCUUGACACAACGCACACAAGACUCUCUGAGGAGGACUCGUCUCAUCCUGCUGGUGCUGCUUCUUCUCGGGCUCUAUGGUAUCUCCAAAACCCCCUUCCUAUCGGUGCGGUUCCGAACCACAUCAGGCCUGGACUCGGCAGUGGACCCUGUCCAGAUGAAAAAUGUGACAUUUGAACACGUUAAAGGGGUGGAGGAAGCCAAGAAUGAGCUGCAGGAAGUGGUGGAGUUCCUGAAAAACCCACAGAAGUUUACAGCGCUGGGAGGAAAGCUGCCAAAAGGUGUUUUACUGGUCGGCCCUCCUGGGACUGGUAAGACCCUACUGGCCAGAGCGGUGGCCGGAGAGGCCGAUGUGCCAUUCUACUACGCCUCUGGGUCAGAGUUUGAUGAGAUGUUUGUCGGAGUGGGAGCCAGCCGCAUAAGGAACCUUUUCAGGGAGGGUAAAGCCAAUGCUCCCUGUGUCAUCUUCAUUGAUGAACUGGACAGUGUGGGUGGGAAAAGGAUUGAGUCUCCCAUGCACCCUUACUCCAGACAGACAAUCAACCAACUACUUGCUGAGAUGGAUGGGUUCAAACCAAACGAAGGUGUGAUCAUCAUUGGAGCAACAAACUUCCCAGAGGCUUUGGAUAAUGCCCUGAUCCGCCCAGGACGUUUUGACAUGCAGGUGACUGUCCCCAAACCAGACGUGAAAGGACGCACAGAGAUCCUCAACUGGUACCUGAAGAAGAUUAAAGUGGAUCCAGCUAUUGAGGCCAAUAUUAUUGCCCGGGGCACAGUGGGCUUCUCAGGCGCUGACCUGGAAAAUCUGGUCAACCAGGCAGCCCUGAAGGCAGCAGUUGAUGGCAAAGACAUGGUCACUAUGAAGGAGCUGGAGUUUGCUAAAGACAAAAUCCUCAUGGGCCCUGAGAGGAGGAGUGCAGAAAUAGACAAGAAGAACAAGCUCAUCACAGCGUACCAUGAGUCAGGCCAUGCUAUCGUAGCUUACUACACCAAAGAUGCAAUGCCCAUCAACAAGGCUACCAUCAUGCCCAGGGGCCCCAGUCUGGGACAUGUGUCCAUGCUUCCAGAGAAUGAUCGAUGGAGUGAGACUCGCUCACAGUUACUGGCCCAGAUGGACGUUAGUAUGGGUGGUCGUGUAGCAGAGGAGAUUAUAUUUGGCAAUGAAUACAUCACAACCGGAGCGUCAAGCGACUUUGACAGUGCUACCAAGAUUGCUAAGAUGAUGGUGACCAGGUUUGGAAUGUGUGAAAAGCUGGGUGUGAUGACCUAUACUGACUUAACACAACAGAGCCCAGAGACACAAGCUGCUGUGGAGCAUGAAGUCAGGCUGUUACUGAAGGAGUCUUAUGAGCGGGCCAAAGCCUUGCUGAAGGCUCAUGGCAAGGAGCACAAGAACCUGGCAGAUGCUCUGCUCAUGUAUGAGACACUGGAUGCCAAAGAGAUCCAGCUGGUCCUGGAGGGCAAGACCCUGGAGACAAGAUGAAACCAGUAAGGACAGCAACACUCCCGGGGUAGCAACGGGGAAGGGCUCAUUUUGUAAGAGCCCAGGCAUUAAGGAAGGAGGAAUGGACUCAGUUGUUGAGCUGUGAAUCGGAGGAGUAAGAAGUCUCAGUCUCUUGAUUAGUCCUCAUGUGGGAUUGUGUCAUAUCUUCAUGCUGUCACCUUUAUGGAAUCUCAUCGAUAUUCCCAGACAUGUAGCUUUGUGAUUUGAAACUUAAACAUGACUGUGUGCAGCAGUAAGUGAAUGUAUGUUGCACAGGUUCAUUGUAUGUGUUGAAGGUUAAAAGGUUACAUUUCUAAUGUUAAGGAUGUUGCUCAGGUCACUUUAUCAGCUGGUGUUAGGAAAUAAUACAUGAAUGUGAAUAUGCACCUCAGGUGUAUCUGGAUAGGAUUCUUUUAGCCAGGUUUAUACAGAUUCAUUCUCUAUCAGUGGGAAAUGCUGAGCGGGAUAUACCAUUAACUCAAAGAGCCACUGUGUAAUCAUGGCAACCAGAAUUUGACUUAAUCUCAGCUCAUUUAUUUUCAGUUGUCUUUCAGUGUUUGUGUUCAUAUCUGUUAUUUGUGAAGUAUAUCUCCAAAGUCAAGCUGUACUCUCUUAACAUUAGGAUAUUCUCAAGUUAGCACCUUAAAUUAUGAUGUCUUUCCAUCAAAUUCUUUGUGUGGGAUGUUUGAAAAGCGCAUGCACAUUCUCCUGUACGGCUGCUCCCCUCUACUUAUGUCCCUGUUGCUUAUUUUUAAAGGUGGCCUUUUGGGGAAUGUACUGUAAAAGUGUAUAUUAUUUCCUCUGAAGUGGGAAGUGUAAAAAGAUAAACUACAAUGUCUCAGCACUUGAGUGAAGAGUGAAGAGGAUGAGUUAAAAAUGCACAUGUGCACUCUUCGUGUAAUUUAUUUCAUUUAUGCUGCUUGUACAGAUUGAACAAAUAAAAAAACUGCUUCCCAGCCUCAAAAAGCAUGCAAGAAAUACAGGCUGCAUUUACGUAGUGAUAGAUCACUGGAAUCUUUAGGAGUUUUAAGUUGUAGUGUUGGCCUAAUUUAUUAGAAUACUCUGAGUUCGGCUUCUAAAAAGCCUCUCAGCAAAAAAACAUCAACGAAUGGAUUUGGCCAUUUGUUUUAGUUAUUGUCCAUUGUCCAUGCAAACAGUUACAGUUUAAACUGCAACAGUUCAGUAAGUCUAAUUGUAAAGUGACAUCCUUGACUUUAAAUAUGACAUUUCAACACAGUUUGUGGGUAGAAACUUGCAUUUAUGUGUCUGGUAAAAAUGAUGAAUGUCUUCAUUUUAAAUUGAAUAGUUCAAGCAGCAGCAGUGUAUGUAAUCCCUAAGUAAACAUUUUAGAACCAAAAGCAUAACUCUUAUCAAGAUUACCACCAGCAUAUGUUAUAUCACAGUUAUGUUAUUGUCUUCUGUUUUUUUUCUUCAGUUUGACACAUUGUUUGUUCUGUUUAUUGGCUUUUUACCCACAUUUAGCUGUGUAUAUAUGACUGGGAUAUGAUGGGAACAUUGUAUAUAGAUGUAUAGUAAUGCUUUAAUGCUGUGUACACACUGAAUGGCUCUCUGCUGUUGAUUGACAAAAUCGCUCAACAAUGUGAUGGCAAUGUUUGUGCAGCUGGAAUAAAUAAAAAAGAAACCUAAAGAAAAACA